AUGGAUUUUGACAAAGGAUUCUUAGCCCAGGCCGUUGACAGGUGGAUGGGUGUUGGUGAAUGGGCUGUUCGCAAACUGGGACUCGUGAAGUAUGCAGAAAGAUGCGCCGGCACCUACAGCGGUGGGAACAAGCGCAAGCUGUCAACUGCCAUGGCCCUAAUCGGAGGGCCUCCUGUGGUGUUCCUGGAUGAGCCGACCACAGGAAUGGACCCCAAGGCCCGCCGUUUCCUUUGGAACUGCGCCUUGAGCGUCAUCAAGGAGGGAAGAUCUGUGGUCCUUACAUCUCACAGCAUGGAAGAAUGUGAGGCCCUGUGCACUCGAAUGGCGAUCAUGGUCAAUGGGCGGUUCAGGUGCCUUGGCAGUGUCCAGCACCUGAAGAACAGGUUUGGAGAUGGCUACACAAUCAUAGUGCGAAUAGCAGGGGCAAACCCUGACCUGAAGCCUGUUCAAGACUUCUUUGAGCUGGCCUUCCCGGGCAGUGUGCUGAAGGAGAAGCAUUGCAACAUGCUGCAGUACCAGCUGCCCUCCUCUCAGUCUUCUCUGGCUCGGAUAUUUAGCAUCCUCUCCCAGAACAAAAAGAGAUUCCACAUAGAAGACUACUCCGUUUCACAGACCACACUUGACCAAGUAUUUGUAAACUUCGCCAAGGACCAAAGCGAUGACGACCACACAAAGGACUUGUCGUUGCACAAAAACCAGACUGUUGUAGAUGUCUCACUUCUGACUUCCUUUUUGAAAGAUGAAAAGGUGAAAGAAAGCUAUGUAUGAGCAGCCCUGUUGCGAAGGGUGCAGCAGCCGUUCUGAGUAGAAAGGUGAAGGCAGACAUCCUUUCUGUGCCAUAGUGGGGAGAUCGUCCCACGAGCAAAGAGACAAGAGGAUACAGAGAGGAAGGAAAUAAAACUGAACAUGUGUUUUUUUUACUAGUAACCAUUUGAUGCAAUGCAACUCAAUGCAAAGAAAUCAAUAUUCCAUUACGGAGGCAGUGCCUCUUGGAGAUGUUGCCUUGUUGUACUGUUCUCUAGUGAAAGACUUGAAUCUA